UGUUGUGCAUGCGUACUUGACGCUUACUUCCUGUCAAGCUCCGUAACUUCGUGCCGCUUUUGAGAGAGAGGCGCAGGAAUAAGUCCAUAAAGAUAAUGAAUUGCCAACGAUCGGCAUCCGCUUACCUACCGGCAGCUAUUGCAGCGCUGAGCCUGAGCCUGCCUGGCUCGCACGUUUCUCCAGAGACUUUCCGGCAAGCCAAGUUCGAUCAACCUCAGGUGAGUUUAACAUUCUGGAAACUACUAUAUCAUCUCCUGAAUCAAAUCCAUGGUGGAGGACAGAUAAAAUCUGCUGAUAUAGGCACCCAAAUCAGAUUUGUCAAAUGUGCAGCCUUGAGCUAUGGAUAUAGAAGACUAAAAUUUUAUCAGCUUCCUGCUGAUGGUUCAGAAGCGAGCAGAGAACUGUUAUUGGUACUUUCUUGGUUCCUUUGCAGAAUAGCUCUAAUGGAAAAGUUAUUGAUACUAAAUAGAUUUAAACCUUGGGAUGAAGCAACAGUAUGCAUGUGCAAUCCUUUUCUAAAAUAUCUGCAAGAUGGAAAAAGCCUUGUUUCAAACCCUGACGUAAAAGGCCAAAAAGAUGUUCAAUACCUUCAGUGGUUGAAUGGCCACCUGAAACUCCAGUGGCGGAGUUACCACUCUGACCAGGAAGAACAAUGCAAGCUCCUGCACAAGGUACAUGCCUACACAAUAGGUUUUCAUACUGACCCUGUUAUUGGCCAUUUCUCAGUCAUAGAAGUUGAUGUUGGAAGACAGCCAGAAAGAUACAAGCAGUUGCUGCAUUUUGUGGAAUCUGAUUGCUCCCGUCUAGAAGCAUUUUUGAAGUGGAAGCCUAUGGAAUCCCUUUAUUGGCAUUGGAUGGGGACAGUUUUAGAUAUGGUAACAGAAGAUACCCAGAACCAGACUAUGUGUUACAAGGGCUGUCUUUUGCCAGGUACUGACCUGGGAUGCCAUGGUGUCAGCAGAAUUAUUGAAGAACUUGACAAAUGUAAGAAAGAUCUUCUGAGUCUGUGCCAGGAGUUACGUGAGCAUAGAACCCUCAGGAAACUGGCUUGCUAUGGAAAGGUCAGAACAAGGAAAGAAAAAGAAGGAGAGGAGGAUUUCUGCAUGGCUGUAAGAAAAGUGCAAGAAAUUGUGGAGCUGAAACUCUCUGAUCUUAAAUGCAAUAAUAGUACCUGUAGAAGCAAUAAACUGCAUGAUCCAUAUAGACUAGUUUAUAAGAGAAAGUGUUUAAAGGACAGUAAAAUGAAUACUAUUAGAACAGCAGCACCUACCAAAGCCAUUAGAGAAGGAAUCACUGUCACUGAUGUGAUCAACUUUCUAAAAAAGAAAGAAGCAAGAUUGAAGGCACAGCUAAAGCAGCAACAAGAGGAAGAUGGGCAGAAGAUUCAUAAAGCAGCAAAGAAACUUAGUGAAGUGCUUUUCAUCCCACCAAUAAAAACACAAAAAGCAAGAAUAAGUGCAGAAGUUGACAAAGUUCACCACAUUUGAAAGAACACUUUGGGAUUGCUUGAAAUUGCUAAACCCCAUUGUUGACAUUUAUUUCUGUCUUCUGAAUGCAACUGCUGAUGCUUUAGGUUUACUAUGCACCUUCUCAUUUUGAAAGAAUGAAUAUGUUUUAAGUGUGCUACAUAUUACCUCAAGGCUAUUAAAUGAGCAGGAGGCUAAUAUUAACAUCUUUUAAAAUUAUUUUAUCUUCUCAGAUAGGUAAGUGUUGGUGCCCAGUUUCAGUUUAGCUAGAACAGAUUUCAAUACUACACUAAACUUUCAUACUGAAUAUUUGGAGAAGAGAUGUGUAAGUAUGAGAAUGCUGUAUAUUUAGCACCAUCUUCAAUAAAAAUGUUGAUGAAGUA